AUGAUGGAAACGAACACUAAAGCGAAUAUUUUGCAAAAAAAGAUUGUCAUUGCGGUUUCUAAAGAUGUGUCAAAUGAGACAUUGGAAAUUGCGAACUAUGUUGCACCGUUUGCGAAAAACUUAGAGCUUAACAAUAGAACUGAACAGAAGAUAUGUCGAAAGUUGGAAAAACGGGACAUUGAUCUAAAUAAUGAAUAUCUGGUUGCUUUCGAAAAAAUAAACCAAUUAGUUCAACGAUUUGACGAUAUUGCUCAUGGAAUGAACAAGAUUUGUCUUCGACUUUACGAAAAUAUCGAAAAAACGAAGAUGAAAAACUGGGAUCUUGUUCAGAAAUCGGUCGAUCUUUACCAAAAACAUCAAAGAAUCGAGUCAAAAUAUCUGGCAAUUAACGAUUUCCUUGAAAAUUUUUCGAUGGAUACCCAAGAUUUGAAAGAAUUGGAAAAUUGCGAACAGAAUGGAUUUCUAAAUGAUGCGUUUUUCACAGCCCUCGAAAAGGCAAAAAGAAUUCACGGAGAAUGUCGAACAUUGGUACAGGAAGAAGGACAUGUCGCAGCAUUCGAAAUUAUGGAAAAUAUGCAAUUAUUAAUAGAAAAUGCCUAUUUGACGAUUUGUGAGAAUCUGAAAAGAGUUUUCCGUCAAAUAUCGGCUGACUCUAUUCAAAAGAAGUCACUGAUUAUUAAAGCAUUUCAAGAACUUCAAUCCAAUCCGAUAAUGGUAAAAGUCUCAUUAGAGCAAUAUGCCGAUUGCCGUGCUCAUGAUUUAUUGGGGCAGUUCGUUAAUUCACAUCGGAAAUCUCUUGAUUCCGGGACAACAACUAUUGGGUAUGUCGGUGAUUUGAUAACUUCAAUUCACAAUAUCUGUGCAAAUGAAAAUGAAUUACUCAAAUCUCUUCUUUCUUCGUGUGAUCCUGAACUAUUCGAAAAAUAUGGACAAUCUGCUAUAAACGAGGCAACCAAAGUAUUGGCGACACCUUUCAAAGUUCGUGUCGAAUCAGCAUUAGGCUCCGAGACAGAUCCAAUAGUGAUUUGUAGUGUCGCGAACAUGCUUUAUUUUUACAAAUCAAUAUUUGAAAAUCUGUUACAAAAAAAGAAUCACAUAUCGGAAAUGCUUGACGAACUUAGUAAAACUGGUAAAGAAAUUUCAAUCGCUGGAAUCAAUUACUACAUUGACGUGUUGACAGCAAAAAUGUGUCAUCCUCCAAGUCCUGAUUUAAUUCCAUCACGUGAAAUCAACCAAUGUCUCGGAUUCCUAAAACAAUUGAUUUCUUGUCUUUUUGACUUGAAUGCAAAUAAUUCAGGAUUAUUCGAUGUCAAAAACAUCUUUGCUCUCGUUCUCGAUCCGUUAUUACGCGAAGUUCAAGUGAAUUCUUCAAUGAUCAAAGAAAAUUUAGAUGCUGCAAUAUUCACUAUAAAUUGUUUGACGACAAUUCGAAAUUCGAUUCGCGAGCAUCCUGAAAUUGCUGACAGACUGGAAAUGAUUGACGCAAUGAUUGAGAGUAACUCCGAUGUUCUUGUAUCUAUGAAAGCAUCUCAAAUUCUUUCUUCUUCCGGACUUUUUGAAAUUUACAAGAAAAUGCAGGAUUUUGACAAUUCGGGAAAAAUGCCAGAGUUUUCUGGAUUGCAACCAUUCACAGUUUCGGCCGCAAUCGUGGAAUUCACCCAUUUUCUCAAUUCUGAUGCCAGUGCCCAUGAUUUCGACUUAUGCGAAAAGAUUUUGGCUGAAAAUGAAAGAGAAGCCAUUCGUAACCGAACUGCAACGGAGUUUCUGAAGAUAUACGAAUUUAUCAUCAACAAUUUGGAAAACGAGAAAAAUGGAUACAAAGGAAUUCAUUAUUUGCCAUUGGAUGGUGUUAAACAACUUUUAUAA